AUGCACUUCCCAAGAAAAGCAUACACCAUCAAGAUCCUCCAUCAUCCACCAUUCACAUUAGAGAACAACACAUCAAAGGCAAGCAAACAUUAUCCAACACGAAUAAACUAUGAAGAUCUUCCUCACGCUUGCCUUUCUUGCCUCCAUCGCUACCAUCGCCAUAGUCCCCAAUUGCAACCACAAAAAUCAUUUUCACAACAACCACAACAACCCUUUCCACAACCGCAACAACAACCAUUUCAAGAGGAGCAAUCAACUCCGCAACAACAGCCAUUUCCAGCACAACAGAUACCAUUUAGGCAACAACAAUUUCCACAACAACCACCAUAUCCCCAACCGCAACAGCCAUCCUACCCCCAACCGCAACAUCCAUUUCCACAUCAACAUGAACACCUAGUUCAGGAACAACAACCAUUUGUACAACAACAACCGAACCCAUGUAGGGAUGUCCUCCUACAACAGUGUCGUCCAGUGGCAGUUGUGUCAUUUCUCCGGUCACAGAUGGUACAACAAAGCAGAUGCCAGGUGUUGAGGCAGCAGUGCUGUCAGGAACUAUCACAUACCCCCAAGCGAGCACAAUGCCAUGCCAUCCACAACGUUGUGCGCGCCAUUAUUUUGCAACAACGACAACAACAAUUGGUAGAAGGUACUUUGGCCCAACCACAACAACUACUACUAGGUCAAGGUUCCAUCCAACGUCAACAACAUCAGUUGAAUCAGGGUUGGAUCGAUGCAAUAAGGACAUGGGUGCUCCAGACCCUACCGACAAUGUGCGACCUCCGCGUACCAUCAUACUGCUCCCCCACCACAUCACCGUAGUAACAUCGCUAUACUAACAUGAGUGGCUAAUGAGAAAAGAGAUCUAGUACUCGAUAGAUGGACUGCCAUUGUUUAGUCGAUGGUCCGAUCCAUGUA